CGGCUGGUACAAGGAGGGCAGAGGACAGAGGAGGGCGUUACUUUGACGAGCAGACGAACAACAGCACAGCAUCAUUAUGAAUAUCUGUAUGUUAGCCGCGCUUCUAUUUGGCGUGUUUGCUUUGGCCCAGUCCUCAACCAGACAAGUGGGUCUGACCGGCAAAGUCCUGGUCUUCCCUUACGAGACCGAUUUCAGCUACGUGACCCUGAUGCCGCUGAAAGAGAUGGCGCUCAAGGCCUUCACGUUGUGCAUGCGCAUGGCCACGGAGCUGCCCGAGGAGCGCCAGAUCAUCCUGUUCGCCUACCGCACGGCCGACUACGACGAGCUCAACGUAUGGCGCGAGAAGGACGGACGCAUUUCUUUUUACAUGAGCGGAGAUGGCGUUUUCUUCUACCUCCCCCCGCUGGGCACCUUCCGGACCAGCGUCUGCCUGACCUGGGAAUCCGCCACCGGCCUCGCUGCUUUUUGGGUGGACGGGAAGCGCAGCACCUACCAGGUGUACAAACCCGGACACGGCAUCCGUCCUGAGGGCACCGUCCUCCUGGGACAAGACCCUGACAAACAUUUGGGGGGCUUGGAGGCCUUACAGAGCUUCGUGGGGGAGUUGACUGAUGUGAAUAUGUGGGACUAUGUCCUCUCCAGGAGCAUGAUCCAAGCCUGGCAUUACGGCCACAAGGUCCCGCAUGGCAACAUCUUGGACUGGGCCACCGUUGAUUAUGAGCUUAACGGCAAUGUCAUGGUGGUGGAAGACGACUGACUCACUGUGGCGUCCCGUGGAGGGAAGCCAGACAUCCGAGUUGGACCACCUCUGAUAUGUGUGAUCGGCUUACUUACAUUUGAUCUAACGUUAGAUUAGAGCCCCUAAGGUAGUGGUUCUCAAACUGUGGGGUCCCCAGGCCCAUGGGGGUCUAAGAGCUGUAGCUUCUUGGGGAAUGAUUUACUAUAAAUUGUAUCGUUUAAAAAAGUGCAUACGUAGAGAUGGACACCAAUAAAACAAAUAUACUAACCAAUUACACCUCCAUACCGUAGCUGUGGACCAAUUAAAAGCUCUGAUAUGAUUUUGAUAACACUAGAAUCUGAGGUUUUUUUCCCUUAAAAACAAAAGGCAUAUUUUUUUUCUGUAAUAGAGAUGUCAAAGUUAAAGCGGUAACUGAUGAUUAAUCACAAAAAAAUAUCGCAUUAGUCAUGUAAUAACUCAGAUUAAUCACAUAAUUUAUUUUGACCACCCACGCUCCUUUAUCUUAACCAUGGAUGGGUAUCUGAAAGGCAGCGCAGUUCGCUAAAAGGUCAGUGAUCAGGUCAAUGCUUACGCCAGUGCAAAGAUGAGUGAGGAGACUGACGGGUGUGCUCGGCAGCAAAUUUUGCUUCAAAAGUCACCCGAUGGGACUUUCAAUAAAAAAAAAAAAAAGUAAUUUGCAUAUGGUGCAGGGCUGAACAUUGAAGCAGACCAAGUUUAAAAUAUCUCAAAGCAAAAUGUGGGACUCUGUGUGGUACAGUUAAUGAGCAGAAACCGGUUUAGUAAGAAGCAGUUCAUUUAUUUGCUGAUAAUACAGUGGUACCUUGACUUAGGAGUUAAAUUUGUUCCAUGACCACACAUGUAAUUCUGCCAAACUGCACACAACAGGAAAGGAAGGGCAGAAUAGACAUUGCUCCCUUGCACUCCUUUUGUAGAACCUUCCCUAUGGUUAGAAAAAAAUGGUAAGUCAAAUUCUUGCUCUCAGUACAAAGCAAAAAAAGUGACCAAUCAGCGAAUCGCACCUCGAAAAAACUCAUACUGGGAUACCUGUACAUCAUAAAGUAUCUAAUUAACAACUCCACAAGAACCUCAAAAUUAGGUGCAUUUUAAAAAAAAAAUGCACAACUAAACAGUAAUCAUCAACUAAAACUGUGAAAUCAAAUGCAGUACAGUACUUAAAAAUAAAGGGUAUGUUACUAACAUGA